CCUCUUCAUCCCUAAAACCUCCAGAGUCUGCAAAACCUCAUCCCCCACCCCACCCCCUCUCCUUACAAGAUGUCCCUCUCAAUCUUUUCACCUUUAUACUCUUCUUUAAAGCUCUCCUUCCAGGAAGAAAAAGGAAAGGGUAAUUCUUGGGGAUUGAGGCAAAGUUUAGGGAAGAAGAAAGUGAUGGUGUUGAGAGCUGGCCCAAAAAGAAUAGCUUUUGAUAGAGAAUGCAGAAAAGCUUUACUUUCUGGUAUCAAUAAGCUGGCUGAUGCUGUUUCUGUCACUUUAGGACCUAGAGGGCGCAACGUAGUUCUCUCUGAAUCCGGGGGGCUAAAAAUAAUUAAUGAUGGUGUUACCAUAGCUCAAGCCAUAGAACUUCCAGAUACAAUUGAAAAUGCUGGAGCGACACUUAUCCAGGAGGUUGCAACUAAGACCAACAGGUUAGCUGGUGACGGUACAACUACUGCAAUUGUUUUGGCUCGUGAGAUGAUCAAAGCUGGGUUGUUAGCUGUUGAUUUUGGGGCUAACCCUGUAUCUAUGAAGAAAGGUAUGGAGCAGACAGUAAGAGAGCUGGUCAAAACUUUGAAGAAGAAAAGCCAUCCUGUUAGAGGAAAUGAUGAUAUAAAAGCCAUAGCUUCAAUAUCAGCUGGAAAUGAUGAGUUCAUUGGCUGUUUGAUUGCUGAGGCAAUUAAGAAGAUUGGUCCUGAUGGAGUGAUAUGUGUUGAGUCUUCCUCAUCAGCUGAAACCUCAAUCAUGGUUGAAGAAGGAAUGAAGAUUGACAAGGGGUACAUGUCACCCCAUUUCAUCAACAAUCCCAACAAAUCUAUAGUAGAGUUUGAAAAUGCCAAAGUUCUGGUAACCGAUCAAAAGAUAUCUAGUGUUAAAGAAAUUGUUCCUUUGCUAGAGAAGGCCACUCAGCUGAGUGUGCCACUGCUGAUUUUUGCUGAGGACAUUUCAAAGCAAGUGCUAGAAACACUAGUCAUUAACAAGAUGAAAGGAAUGCUCAAUGUUGCUGUUGUGCAAUGUCCAGGAUUUCGAGAUGGAAAGAAAGCUGUAUUACAAGACAUUGCCAUGUUGACAGGUGCUGAUUUUCUUUCUGGAGACUUAGGCCUGAAUCUUGAAGGUGCAACCUCCGAUCAGCUUGGUAUUGCUCGAAAAAUAACAAUAACAAGCAACUCUACAACCAUCGUGGCUCAUCCCUCGACAAAAGCUGAAAUACAAGCCAGAAUAAUGCAGAUAAAGAAGGAUCUUGCAGAAACAGAUAAUAAAUAUUUCUCAGAGAAGCUUUCACAAAGAAUAGCAAAACUCUCUGGUGGUGUGGCCAUAUUGAAGGUAGGAGCACAUACUGAAACAGAACUGGAAGACCGAAAGCUGAGAAUUGAGGAUGCAAAAAGUGCCACAUUUGCUGCCAUGGAUGAAGGAAUAGUGCCUGGUGGUGGUGCCACUUUUAUUCAUCUUUCUGAACAAGUACCCUUGAUAAAAGAAUCUUUUCAGGAUCCAGAUGAGCAGAUCGGUGCUGACAUAAUAGGAAUGGCACUUCUUGCACCAGCAAAGCUAAUAGCUGCAAAUGCAGGAGUGGAUGGAGAUACAGUUGUGGAAAAAGUUAGAGGUUCUGACUGGAAAAUGGGAUAUAAUGCCAUGACUGGAAGAUAUGAAGACCUUCUUGCUUCUGGCAUUAUUGAUCCUUGCCGUGUCUCAAGAUGUGCCCUUCAGAAUGCUGUCUCUGUUGCUGGUAUAGUCCUAACUACUCAAGCAAUAAUGGUAGAGAAAACCAAGGAGCCCAAGCCGCUUGUUCCUCACAUUCCUGGUAUAAGUCCUUAAAAGGAUAAAAGAUAAAUCCUUGGUUGAAGCACUAGACAAGGAAGUUCAAAUUUAUGAUGUUGUCAUAGUAAAAGGAAGCUCUGCUUUUCUGCUUUGACUUGGCUGAGACAUUGGAAAGAGUUGAAAUCUUUGGUUCCAGCUGAUACUAGAGAUUAUGUCAUUGCAGAUAAAAUUGCAUCUGGACACAAGCAUUUUCUAGCCUCGAUUCUUAUCGUUGAUUCUUGGUAGGAAAUAUGGAUAUCCUCGAGCAUACAGGUACUGUUUUGGUCUCAAUAGCACACGGCCAUCUUGUUUCAGUAGUACUUGUUCCUGCAUGCAGAGGAUCGUCAUUUUCAGGUUUCUAUAAGUAGUUGGGAUCAGUGGAAUACAAUGCCAAAUGCUUUGAAGCUAAGAAGAAUAGUUUCUAUUAGUAGUAAACAGCUGCAUGUUGUUGUAGGUUUGAUAUGAAAGAAUAUGAAAUCAGAAUCCCAUGUUAUGAAUAGGGCUAAAUCAAAGUUUCUACUUUUUAGUUGGUACACCCCAAACCUCCCUCUUUUUAUCAUUUUUGUUCUGUUUCAUUUUGCAUGUUUUGGGAUAAUGUCUCUGUUUACUAAAGCUAAGAUGUCCAAUAAUUUCUCUGUGGUGAUGCAAA